UGGGUGGUCCCAAAGGGCGUUUCUCCUGUGGACUGCUUUGGCCCCCGCAUCAUCGAAUGGGAUUAUGGGACACUUCUCAUGGUUACUGACUGUUUGGCUGGCCGCAAGGUGUUUGAGUCGAAUGACAUGGGGAAAUCGUGGACGGAGGCUGUCGGGGUACUCUCAUGGCUGUCGACAGACGCGCCACCUGACGCUUACGGCAAGAGGUAUCUUUUGGGAUCCAUCAUUACUGCGAUCAUUGGGGGAAAUAAUUUAAUUCUGUACACUCAGAAGGGGAGGUACCCUCCGGGGGAGCGUGGUUUACCCAAUGCGUUCUAUCUUUGGGCGACGGACGGCAACCGCACGUUUCAUACUGGACGGCUUUCUGUGGACGAUAAGGAGAAUAAGGCGACUGCCAACACCCUGCUGUACUCAGGUGAUGCGUUGCACCUUGCAGAGGCGAGGGGUACUGCAACGAUCAGCACAAUAUAUUUUUCCCGCCUGACGGAGGAGCUGGAGAUUAUCAAGUCUCUCGUGAGGACCUGGGAACGAAUGGACGCCUUCUUCUCCAUGUCGCAUACACCCACGGAUGGACUGGUUGGAUUCUUGUCCAAUACAGCCAUCGGCCCAAAAUGGAUGGACGAAUACCUUUGCGUGAAUGCAACGGUGACGAAUGGAGUGAAAGUCCAAGAUGGAUUUAAAUUCCCGGGGCAUGGAUCCGGGGCAAAAUGGCCCGUAAACAGUCGGAAGGAUAAUGGGCCGUACACCUUUGCGAAUAAAAGAUUUACUCUUGUGGCGACGGUGUUCAUCAACGAGCUAAAAACAGGUGGCAGCAGCAAUCCUCUGCUGGGUGCGGUGCUGGACAAAGCCGUCAGUCAGGUCCUUAUUGGGGUGUCGUACAACACGGGGGGUAAGUGGGAGACAGUGUUCAAAGGCAAAACAACAACACAGAGCAGCACUUGGGAGACGGGGAAAAGAUACCAGGUGGUACUGAUGCUAUCGGAGAAUGAGGGCUCUGUUUACGUGAAUGGUGAGCUUGUGGGGAGCUCGGAGACGAUACCAACAAGUAAGGAACGAAUGUUCGAAGUCUCGCACUUCCAAAUUGGGGGCGACGAAAGAGGCCGCGGCGGCGAUGUGACGGUGACGAACGUCUUUCUGUACAACCGCCGACUGAGCGAGGAUAAACUGAAAACGCUCAGGAAAGGCGGUGACGGCUCCAUGCGUGGGGGCGUGUCACGGGUGCUCGUGCUGCUGCUGCUGGGGCUGUGCGGCAUUGCGGUCCUUUACUGA